AUGUUUUCUUUUCACUAUAACAUGUUUUGUAAACAAGUAUGUGCUGUCUGUGCUGAAGUUCAUGUACCCGACCAUAUUUCAAGGAUGGCAGACAUUGGUGGGUAUGAUGGAAACAACAGAACCACAUUGCUUCUUUGUCUUCCUGAACUUGUCCUCUUUGUGAUGUCCAUCUAUUCUGGUUCAAAAGCCUUGGCUAAUAUUACAAUUCCUGCAUUUCUGGCUGUCUGCAACAGUUGCCUAUUGAUGAAGAGAAUCGGUCUAUGCUUUUUGCAUAAAACCAUUAUGUUUUCUGAUCCUUUUGGUUGGCUUGUUCAUGGUAUCCUUGGUCUCACCAUCUUAGGUGUGUUGAAGACAGAUCCAACGUAUCACAAUGAUGGUUACUUUUGGAUGUAUGUUCACAUUGUUUGCUUAGGUGCAAUAUUUAUGUUUAUUGAAAUAAAUAAAGAUAUUCUUAAAUUGAGUAAGACCAAAUUGCUUUUUUACAAUUAUAUAUUCAGUGUGUUUGUGUUUGCUCCAUGUAGCUACCUGCUUGGUGAUGCAGCUGAGGCUGUAAACUUCCAACAUCUAUCUUUAUAUCGUUUUUAUUUUGGUUGCCUGUUCAGUGGUGUGUUUGGGGUUUUGCUUAACCUUUAUCAUAUUAAGCUUCAAGAUUCCAAAUUAUCUGCCUAUGGAGAAUCCAUUUGUAUUGCACAGAUUGUAGCAAGUGUUGUGUCUGUUCCGCUGUUUCAUUUUUCCAUGACCAAACAACAUGCUAUGUGGAUAGUGGCCAACCAGUUAUCUGCAGUAUUUAUUGCCAGUUAUUGUAAAUCCAAACACACUGAACCCAAACAGACUUCUCAGGGGGAGAAAAGCUAA